UGUUAAGAGGUACACAUAAUCGUUAAGAGGAGAUUUUAGUUAUGUUGGAAAUUGUGGAAAAGAGUGGGUGGGGAUGGAGGAUGCAGCAGGGAAGCAGCAGCAGGUGGUGCUCAGGAGGGCCAACGAUGAGGACGAGAAAGAGACGGAGACAUAAAAUGACAAUAGCAAUAGCAAUAGGAAGCAACGAGCUUGAAUACGACUGCUACCCAAAGCGUGUAUUUUUAGUGGACGUGCAUCCCCUGUGCUAUGUGGUAAACCAACCACAGCCCUCUGCCUUCAUCCACUGGAUCACAUUAUUAUUCUCCUCGGUCACCAUCAACGAUCCCAUCAUUGCUGUUAUGGAUGGAGAGAAAGGAAAUGAGUAUAGGAGGAGGUUACUGCCUACUUACAAGGCAAAUCGUAAGAAGUUUAUGCCAUUAACACCAAUUGGUCGGUGGAAGUCUCAGAGUAAUGAUGCCAACAUACGAUUAGCCUUACCCUAUAUUGAGGCCUUCCUUAGGGAAUGUAAUGUACCUGUUAUAAAAAUUGGAGAUGCUGAGGCAGAUGAUGUGGUAGCUACUCUAGUAGAUCAAGUUUUGCAAAGAGGAUUGAAAGCCGUUAUUGCAUCUCCAGAUAAGGAUUUCAAGCAAUUGAUUUCUAAAAAUGUUCAAUUACUGAUGCCAAGACCAGAUGUUAAACGCUGGUCUUUCUAUACCUUAAAGCAUUACAUGGCACAACAUGAAUGUGACCCUAGUACCGAUUUAAGCCUCCGUUGUAUUAUCGGAGAUGAGAAUGACUGUAUUCCUAGUCUAGCACAAGUUGCUCCAGCUUUUGGCAGAAAGACUGCUGUUAAACUACUAAAAAAGCACGGCUCCUUGGAAAAAUUGUUGAAUGCAGCUGCUGUUCGAACAGUAGGCAGACCAUAUGCUCAAGAUGCUCUCACUAAACAUGCUGCCUUCCUUCGCAGAAAUAUGCAAGUCCUAAGUUUGCGCAGGGAUGUACGUGUGGAACUUGAAAACGAUUGGUGCCGUAUGAGAGAUACUUCCUCUGAUGUUGCGGCACUUUCAAAGCUUGAGAGAAGACUCAGUAAACUUUAAUAAUUUCCAAACGAAUCGUAUUCCAAUAAAUCUCGAAUUUGGUACAAAACUAGCAAAGCUAUAGAAAUAACCAGUUAAUGUGUUCUACAGAUGGAUCAAUUCCUAGCUUCAUGUUUAAUAUAUUGUCUAGUACUGCAAUAGUUCUUACACACAAUUCCUUAAGUUUGUCCGUGUAAAGCUUUUCCAUGAAAAUUGGUGAUGACAUUCAAUAUAAUAAUGAGUUGGGGACUAAUUUUCUUUUAA